CGCCCCCGCCGUUCACUCUCGCUGCCGACGGCGCCACCCGCGAGACCACGUGUGUGGCCGGCGCGCGCGCGCGCGUGAGUGUGUUAGUGCGUGACCCGAUGUGACCACGUUGAAGACCGCACGCGCCACACUGCCUUUUUCUUGUGGCCGGGGCAAAGUCAGAAAAGUGAAACCAAGUUGGCAGCGAAUUGUCAAAAAUGACACGUGAAAAGUGGCGCGAGUGUUGACGGCGGGCGGAAGCGGAAACAGUUUCGAAUCGAAAUCGAGUGCAUUCACGAAAACGACUGAUCGAAGCGAAGCGGCGGCUGAGAGGGAACGACUCGGAGGGAAUUCCCCCGCGAAGCAGGCUGGUGUUGAACAGACUGCCAUGCCCGCGGCCGCCUCUGCCGCCUCGGCCGCGCCGCGGACUUCCUAGAGGUCCUCGCUCUACUCCGCGAGGCCCACGAGGUCCACGAGCACCGCGAUGACGACGCGGCGCGCGGGCGGCCCGGCGGGCGGCCGCGACGUCCUGGCCGUCCUGCACCGCCCCCUUCUCGCCCUGCUCGCCAUGGCGGCGCCCCUGGCGGCAGUCGGCCAGCAGUCCUGCCCGCCGGAGUACGACACGUGGGUCAAGAUGACGGCCUUAGUGCCCGUCACGCUGGCGCCGCACUACCGCGUCUUCAUGUACGCCAGCCCCGGCAACGCCGUCACCGCCGAGUGCUACAACAGGUGCCGCGAGUCGGCGGACUGCCGGGCGUUCCUGGUGGACCACGCUCGCUCGGCGUGCUUCCGCGUCAGCAGGCUGUCGCCCAACUCCUGGGACCAGCCCGGAGACACGCCGGUCACCGCGGCGCCCGCCUCCACCUACUUCGAGCGCGCCUGCAUCGACAUGCGCGGCGCGGCCAACCGGUGCGCGGGCCGGGCCUGGGCGGCGGAGAGGGUGCCGGGCUACGAGCUGGUGGGCUGGGACCGCCUCACCAUCGCCGGCUCCGUCAGCCGCGCCGAGUGCCUGCAGGAGUGCCUCAAGCCCAAAGACGGCUGGGAGUGCCGGUCGGCGCGGUGGGACUCCCGCACCGGCGCGUGCUACCUCAGCUCCGAGGACCGGCGGUCGCAGCCGGACUCCUUCCGCGCGGGGUCCUGGGGGGUGGAGUACCUGGAGAACCAGUGCGCCGAGCCGGUCUCCGCGGCCGCGUCGUGCGCCUACCAGGAGUUCACCAACGUGUCCCUCAUCAUCGCGGACCUACAGAUCACCGGCCUGGACCGGGAGCAGUGCCAGGCGCGGUGCGACGCGGAGACCAACUUCCGGUGUAGGGGCUACUCGCUGCGGCCGCCGGAGCCGGGGCGCGGCGUGGCGUGGCUGUGCGUCCUGCACGGCGACGACACCAUCAGCGUGGGGCCCAGCGCGCUGUACCCGCUGCCGGGGGCGCUGUACGCGGAGCGCGCCGCCUGCAUCGACCUGCGCGUGUCGUGCAGCCGGCGCGUGAUGACGGUGACGCUGCAGUCGGCGGGGCCCUUCCAGGGCCGCCUGUUCGUGAUGGGCCGGUCGGACUACUGCGGCGCCGAGGGCCGCGGCGCCACGUCCACGUCGCUCACCCUGCCUCUUGACCCGGACCCCAACCCGCCCCGCCUGCCCGGGCCUGCCGGGCCCGGCGUCAACGAACGCUGCGGCCUGCGCCUCGCCAGGGCCUUCGGGGAGACCAACCGGACGCUGGUGUCUGCCGUGGUGGUGGUGCAGAGGAACCCCAUCAUCCAGACGCGGGGCGACCGCGCCGUGCGCGUGGGGUGCAUCCUGACGGGCGAGGACAACCCGCCGCAGAACCUGACGCUCGGCGCGAGCAUCGCCGUGGCCAGCCCGGAGGUGGAGAACAACGGCACCGCCAUCCUGAACGUGUCCUCGACGGCGCCGACGGUGCGGCUGCGCAUCACGGACCAGUCCGGGCGCGAGCAGCCGCUGCACGAGACGCAGCUGGGCGACACGCUGCAGCUGCGCGUCGACGUCACGCCGGACUCGAGUCCCUGGGGGGUGCGCGCCACGCACUUGGUGGCCAGCUCGGCGGACGGCCAGGACUCGUACCUGCUGCUGGACUCGCGGGGCUGCCCGCCGGACCCGCACACCUUCCCGGGGCUGCGGCCCGUGCAGCCGGGGUCGCGGUCGCUGGCGGCCACCUUCAGGGCCUUCAAGUUCCCCUCGUCCGCGCUGGUGCGCUUCGGGCUCAAGGUCAACUUCUGCCGCGGGGGCUGCGCGCCGGUCAACUGCGGCGCGGGCAUCCAGUCGGGCGGGCGGCGCCGGCGGGCGGGCUCCACCUUGGCGCCGACGCCCUUCACCACGUCCACCACGACGCCCGCCGCCCUCGCCGCCGCCGUGCCCGAGGACGUCGAGUUCCCCAUGCAGCUGGCCAUCGUGGUGCACUCGCCCCGCGUGGUGGCCGCGUCGGCCGGCAGCGCGGGCAGCGGCAUCAUCACGCUGGACAACGUGAACGGCGCGGACCCCGCCAGCCGGGCCGACGACACCGUCUGCAUGUCCGGCGGCGCGCUCGUGGCGCUGGCUGCCGGGGCGCUGCUUCUGCAGGCCGUCAUCCUGGUGGUGUGCUGCGUGGGCGCGCGCCGCCACAUCAAGAACCACAUCAAGAUGGAGCAGCAGGCCUACACCAACCCGGCCUGGACCGCCGCCGCCGAGGACCGUCGCGUCACGUGGGCCGAUCAGUGAACAGGGGGUCGGCUUACCAGUCCUGCACACUGUUGAAGGACUCCUCGUUGGUGAUGUCGUACAUGAGGAUGAAGCCCAUGGCGCCGCGGUAGUACGCAGUGGUGAUGGUGCGGUAGCGCUCCUGGCCAGCGGUGUCCUGCGGAAAGGAGUGCAACAACUCAACGUCCGCCUCCGAGGAAGAGACUGCACUUCGCUUGCAUACAUCGAUUGGAAUGAUUUCUGUUGCCGACAGUGUGUUACAUUGUUUGGUGUCACUGCCGUUUUGUACAUAUUUUUUGCGUGUGAUAGAGACUAAGGAACGAAGUUACCCGCCAUACUAACAUAAAAAACUAACUAAUUUUUUUUAAAAAUCAAAACUCGGUAUAGCCAUUAAAACCAAAGAUCCAAAGUUAA